UUGCCCCCCCCAUAUUUGGAAUGAACAUCUGAAAGGAAGUCAGAGUCCACCUUUAACUGACUUGGAGAACAGUUACCCAGCUUUUCAUUUCAUUCCUUAUAUAAAAGUUACCAAUCAUGUAUCCCAUUUAUAACUUUAGUGGUGUGGAAGUGGAAAUACCUGCUGACCCCUUUUGGCUUUCUCAACUGAGAAAUCACAGCUAAGGACAGAAGCACGUGUGGCUUCAUGAGGUUUUUGGUAACAGUGCUGAAAGGAAAUCAUGGGUGUAAGGCAGAAGAACUCCAGGUUACAGCAUAGGAUGUGAUGAGAUACAUGAGCACCUCAUAUGAGGACGCUAAUAUUUGCGUUUCACUGAGCUGUUGUUUCUCAUGGAUGUCUUUUGACUUAGCUUUUUCUUUUCCAGAUUCUCUCAGAAGAACUCGUCUGAUCCUCUUUGUCCUGCUGCUCUUUGGCAUUUAUGGAUUCUUUAAAAACCCAUUUUUAUCUGAUUACCUUGAGAGAAAAAGCUGAUGUACAAUUAAGAACAAUGGUUGACCUGCCUCAGGAUUUCAUCCGAGAAUUUGCCUGUUGUCCCAUAUAUAUAUUUUAAUGUGGCAUCAAACUGGAGAUGAGGUUUUAAUGUCUACGAAUAACCUUUCGUAGGUUAUUCUGAUGAUUCUUUGUUCCUUUAACUACUGUCUUGCAUUAGGUAAAACAAUCAAAAUAGGAAAUGCAUUGCCUCUGUGUAAUUAUUCUUAAUUUUUUAUUAGGUCUGGGUGAGUCUCCUGUAAACUAACUUGCAUUAUUUAUUAAGUCCAUCUAUAUAGGUACUUUAAAAGUAAUUUAGUGGGCUAAAACUAUUAAUGUCUGCUCUAGAAUUGCUGAAUGAAAUUUUCUGUCCUGACUUAUAUGUUCUUGAUAUGUUAAAGGUUUCUUAUUAACCCUGUAUUUUUGCCUGCUAAUUUUUUUGCUUCUAAAAUUCCAAUCCAUCCUAAAGAUACUAUUUUUGGUUGUUUCUGAGUUAAUUAGCCAUUGCUCAGUUUACUCAUUUACGUCUGUCUAGUAUGGAAGUUUACAUGUUGGGCAGAGGUGUAAGAAAGCUUUGUAAAUGCUUUAUCUCAAAUAUUGUACUACCCUACCAAACUCUUACUAUCUUUCUUAUUCUUAAUGAUGUUAUUACUGAUGUCAUUUGAGGGCAACUAAAAACAGUUGUUAGAGGAAGAAGGCUACAUGAUAAGUGAAACAGUCUGUUAAGGUUCAACCCCCCCCUUUUUUUAAAUGCCAGUGCCAGUUUUUAUGCUAGGUUUAAGUAACGUAUUUCAUAGUGUAGAUCUCUAACCAAUUGUGUCAGGAUAAUUCAGGGUGAUUGAUAAAACUGCAGUCUCUUCUGGGACCUUCCCUAAAUCUACAAAAGAGAAGAUUUCCAGGGCCAUGACCUGGGAACCUGUAUAGACAUACUGCUAUAGUGAUUUUUAUGCACAAUGGAAAUUGAGAACCAUUGGCUUGAAUUUCUAUUACUAGAUAUUAUAAGGAGAAGCAGCAAAUAAUUCUUAGUUUUAAUUGGAAAGUACAAAGAUGUCUUUUUAAUGUGAAUCAUUUAUUCCUUGAACAUGGUCCAGAAGCGCAGAAGCCCUAGUUUCUACUCCUCACUCUGAUUUAAUGUAUGUGAACUUAGGUAUUUCCUUUUUGGGGGGCUUUCUUGCAUCUGAAAAAUAAAGUGGUUGGAAUUUUAUGAAUCUGUCAAAUUUGUAAGCAUUUCUUUUCUUCCAAUUAGUCCAUUUCCAGACAACGAUAGGGCUUGAUUCUGCAGUAGAUCCUGUCCAGAUGAAAAAUGUCACCUUCGAACACAUUAAAGGAGUGGAGGAAGCUAAACAAGAAUUACAGGAAGUUGUUGAAUUCUUGAAAAAUCCUCAAAAAUUUACCAUGCUUGGAGGCAAACUUCCAAAAGGUCUUCUACCAACAGCUAGAGUUCACAACUCACACACAGCCGGGACCCGCGCACACGCGCGCACGGACGACCCGCAGCCCGCCGCCACCCGCAGCCCGGGCCGACCCAAGCCGCGGGGCCGAGCGACAGCGACCGGCGGCGCGCAGCAGGCACUUUGCAGGGUCCGCGCCGGGCACAAGUUACUUGCCCGACUCCCAGGGCCUCCGCGCUGAGGGAGGAUAACACGGAGGGGGAUGAGAGGAGGCGACGCCGAAGGGCAGCAGAGUGGGGAAACGCGCGGAAAGCAACAGCCGCUCCACCCAGACCAGAAAACUGGCCGGCCGGCCGCCCAGCGCCGGGGAUGCGGCGGCGGCGGCAGGAGCGGCCAGCCGGAGAGAGGCCGAGGAAAAGACUCGACAGCGCAGGGAGAGCGGACCGGCCGCGGCGCGGGUCAGGCAGCGGAGGCGGGCAGAGAGCGCUCCGUUCCACUUGGCCGUCCCUGCUCCGGCCGCCCGGGCUGCCCGGCUCCCCCUGACUCGGCCGCUCCCCGGUCCCCUCCGCUACUCACCGUUGCUGCACCGCUGACUCGUCGGCUUUCUGCGCUGACACCCGGAGCCAUCCGUCGGCUCCUCCUGCGGCCGCCGGUAUGUUGGAGACCCGUUCUCCGCUUCUCUCCGCACCGCACCUGGCUUACGACACUCACGGCUUUACGGCCUCACGUUCUUUACGUCCAGAGGCUCGCUCUACGGCGGGAAUCUUGUUGCUAGG